AUGGUUGUGGGCGAUUCAAUCUCCCACGGGCGAGAAGGGGACUAUACUUGGCGGUUUCGCAUCUGGGAGUGGUUCCGCGAUAACGGCAUCGCCGCCGAGUUUGUUGGACCUUGGCCAUCCACGCCGGUUGCACCAUUGCUCCAGGGGACAAAGGCAACAGUCCCUCCACCUCGAACAUAUGGCGGAUAUGCCGCGGGCAUCGGAUCAUUCCCAUGCAACCACUAUGCCCUGUGGGGACGCCAAGCCGCUCAAGUCAAGAACGACAUUUCCAGCACAUACCAGCCGGACUAUAUCCUGAUGGCGAUUGGAUUCAACGAUAUGGGCUGGUUUGUCAGCGGGUCCGAGGGCACGCUGGCAAGCGUCAAAUCAAUCGUGGACAACGCCCGCAGCGCUAAGCCAAACCGGACUCUGAUUAAGGGACGCGACGACCUCCCAAUUGCUACCAGCAACUACAACAUCUUGCUGAGCCAGAACAUCCCCAGGUGGUCAACGCCAAACUCGCCCCUGGCUUUGGUCAAACUACAAGAGAAUUACGGCUGUGGCGUUGCUGCGUGUCCUGCCGCCUAUGAUGGGCUCCACCCAAACGCCCUCGGGGAGUUUCAGAUAGCCCAGGCUUUCUCAACGACCCUCAAGAACUCCUUUGGGCUGGGAAGUGCAGUACUUGCAAUCCCUGGAAACAUACCUGGCCGCUCCUGCUCAAUGCCAGGCAAUGUACGAGCCAGUUCAUCGCCGCAGGGUGUUACGGUUACGUGGGAUAAAGUGUGUGGCGCAACGGGCUACAACGGGCAACCUUGGACUGAACCUCAGUACGCGAACCCGGUGAAUCGAGUCGAUACCAGCUGGACAGUUGCCGGCCUUGAGUGGGAAUACCAGAUCCAGGCUGUCUGCGGUGACAGCAUCAAGUCGUCCUAUAGUGGCACUGUCGGAGCAACUGCCACCCCUCAGACACCAGAGCCGCCGGUAAACAUUGUCACCCAUGCACUCAGUAACGGGGUCACAGUAAGCUGGGAUCCGGCACCAGGUAGUGGCGGCGUGACAAUCUGGGAAGUGAUUACAUACUCCGCGGACCUGGCUGGAUCCUUCCUCAAUAGUGUCGGCAUUCCCGGCGGCGCGCGCUCCGCGACUAUCACCGGGCUGAUCCCCGGCGAGCGCUAUGUCGUUGCCGUAGCGGGAUGGAACCAAUACGGUGGCGGUCUCCCAGGAGGUGGGCCGCAGGUCCGCGUUGGCAAGGGCCGGCCGGCUGCGCCCACGAACCUCAAAGUCUACACGCGCGACGCCGUCACAGUCCAGCUCAGAUAUGAUGGGGACGGCAACGCGGCGGGCUAUCAUGUGUGGACGCGCAAUGUCAACGAGCCAGGGUCUGUCCUGAAGAAAGACCCUUAUGCUGCCGGAAGUACGUGCUGGGGCGUCACCUUCUUGUUCCCUGGCGUCUGGAAUUAUGAGUACUGCAUGACAGCAGUCAACGGAAACGAGGAGUCGGCCCUCUCAGCAUGCGUCAAAGGCUCGGCAGAGACUACCCCAGGCUUGCUCGAGUGUCCGGCCGCAAGUCAACACGACGGUGGCGGGUGGGAGCUUACACCAGAGGUACCGCUUCCAGGUGGUGGCGGUGAUGAUAGCGGUGGCAUGCCUACCCUACCCCCGACCACUGGUGACGACUUAUGGCGUCAGGAUACAUCUUUUACCUUUGUCGAGACUUGGGCGUCGCAGCACCAUAUCUCAUUCUGA